AUGUACCCGGACAACCACCAGGUGGCACUUGGGACCUCUGCCGUGCUGAAGCUACCUGGGGUCAUUCAAGCUGUGGUUCCAGUCUGCCAAGUUUACCACGCAUGGCAGCUACUGGAAAAAGGCAUUGUAACAGGAUGCACAGUAUCCCCCAUUUUGUUCAUCAUGGGGAUGAACCUUCUGAUUACAGCAGCAGCAGCAGAGGCCAAUGGACCAGUUACAGCAGCAGGGAGCAGACAACCCUCACUGAGAGGAUUUAUGGAUGACCUCACCAUAACAACCACAACGCAUGUGCAGGCAAGGUGGAUCCUAAAGACUCUCGGGGCUUUAGCAUCGUGGGCAAGAAUGGCUUUUAAGCCCAGGAAAUCACGGAGACUAACAGAGGCUUUCGAACUGCAUGUCCAAGGAGAGCAGAUCCCUACAAUCAGGGAGAACCCCAUUAAAUGCCUGGGGAAGUGGUACGACGACACCCUCAGUGACAGAAACAACAUCUCUGACACUGCAAAUCAGGCGGACGAGUGGCUAAGGAGGAUUGACAAGUCAGGCCUACCCGGCAAGUUCAAGUCCUGGAUAUACCAGCAUGGGCUCCUUCCAAGACUUAUAUGGCUGUUGACAGUCUAUCAAAUCCCAGUGACUGCAGUGGAGGGAGUGGAGAGGAGAGUGAAUAAACAUCUCAGGCGAUGGCUAGGUAUCCCUCCCAGCUUCACUGCAGUUGGGCUCUACAUUAGAUCAGGACAGCUCCAACUUCCAUUUUCCUCUGUGGUGGAGGAGUUCAAAGUGGCCAAGUGCAAGGUCGCAAUGAUGCUCAGAGACUCAAAGGAUGAGCAAGUAAGCAACGCAACACGAACAGGCCAUAAGUGGGCAGCCGACACUGCAGUCAGACAAGCUGAGAGCUCCCUGGAGUUGAGAGACAUCAUCGGUAGUGUCUGCAUUGGUCGACAAGGACUGGGAACAUCUCACUUCACACGGUGGAGGAAGGCAAGCGUCCAGCAGAAGCGGGAGAUGGUACAGGUGGAAGUUCGUCACUAG